CAAAUCGAAAUCUCCUCUUGAGACUGUAUCUCUUUGUGAUUGUAGUGUGAUUUAGCAGGCGCGAAAGUAGUAAUGAAAUAAAGACUGCAGGGAUUCAGACUUGACAUUUUGAGACCUCACGACGUCUCUUGUACUAGGUACUAGGCCUUCGCACAACAUACAUUUGCUACUGCUGUGUGAAAUUCACAAUAAGCUGCUGUCUAAUGUCAAACGACUUACCUAGCAUGUUACUACUCAACCAGGGCUGACGAUACUAGUCAUGGUUGAGUUAAAUGAAAUGUGUCAAGUACAACACGUGUUGAUUACCUCUAGCUAGCUAACUUAUGGAUGGAGACGGUUCCACCACAGACGCCUCUCAGCUGGGUAUUACCGGGGAGUACCUGACCGGCGGUCACUAUGUUCUCCAAACUCAGGAUGAUGAUGGAGACGACAGCCUGAAUGACCACGAGGACGGCAGUGGCAGUAAAGAGAACUUUCGGGAGCAGGAUAUCUACCUUCCGAUUGCUAAUGUGGCUCGGAUCAUGAAGAACGCCGUUCCUCAGACUGGCAAGAUAGCGAAGGACGCCAAGGAGUGUGUGCAGGAGUGUGUGAGUGAGUUCAUCAGCUUCAUCACGUCUGAGGCGAGUGAGCGCUGUCACCAGGAGAAAAGGAAGACCAUCAACGGAGAGGACAUCUUGUUUGCCAUGUCGACGCUGGGCUUCGACAUGUAUGUUGAGCCCCUGAAGCUAUACCUGCAGAAGUUCAGAGAGGCCAUGAAGGGAGAGAAGGGGCUCGGAGGCCUGUCUGUGUCAGAAGGACUGGGGGAGGAGCUUACAGAUGACAGCUUUGCGAACCAGCUGCCGGCUGGAAUCAUCACUGCAGAUGGUCAGCAGCAGAACGUCAUGGUGUACACAACCUCCUACCAACAGAUCCCUGGUGUACAGCAGAUCCAGUUUACAGGAUGAUGUCAAGAGUUCCUGGAAGGUGCUGGAUAACACUUUUGAAAUGAGGAAAGGGUUCCUGCAUCUAUCAACACUCAGGUCAAAGGGGAAAGUUAGGGGCUGAACGUCCCAAACUCAAGAUGAGGAAGGAGAGAGUGGAUUUGUGCUCUGGUCAGUCAUUGGUUGGACUGGAGUCAUACCGUCAGCCAGUUCUUUGGCUGUUUUCAGAGAUUGUUUAGGCUUUUCAUAAAGUAUUAUGUCUUUAGAUUAGUGUGUUUUUGUUACUCCAUGUUAUGUUAUACUUGUUUGCAGUUUUAUCGUAGCUGAAGAGAAGUUUGGGUUAGAAAAGUAGUUUCAAAGUGUCGGUUGGUAUUUGACCUCUUGGGAAAGUAGAUUACAGUUGCAUUCCACACCCUUAUUUUAAAAUUGAGUGGCAUGCUGGGUAUUUAAGAUAAAUGUAACUUAAUUGUAUUUCUGUGAAACUUUGUAUAAUUUCAUGUACUUUUAAUAAAAAAUAAACAUGAUUACCAGCAGUA